UGGUCCAAAGUUCUUCCACUGUUACAAACAUAUUCACAGAUCUAUCAACAAUUUCUAAUGCUACACCUUCACCAACUUUUUCUGCCAGGACACCUAUACCAAGUGAGAGCAUAUCAACUACAGCAACGACUUCAUCAAUGUUUUCUGCUACACCUUCAACAUUUUCAACAAGCAGGUUUACACACGUUACAAGUCCAGCAGUCCAGAGUUCCCCCACUGGUAUAAGUAUACCCACAGCUUUAACAUCAAUCUCUACUGCUACACCUUCACCAAGAUUUUCAACUGGCAUUACUACACCACUGAGUAAAACACCUACAGUUAAGAAUUCCUCCAAUACUACAAGCAUAUACCACUAUAUUCCACUAUAUUCAACUUCAAGAGGACAUAGUUCAUCCAUUACAAGCAGAUCUACAGGUACAUCAACUAUUUCUGCUGCUACAUCUUCACAACCAUUAUCACCUGGCAUGAUUAUGCCACAGACAAAUAUAACUACAGUCCAGAAUUCCUCCAAUAUUACAAGCAUGACAACAAAAACUUUAACUACAACAGCUACAAGGAUGUCGUCAACAAAUGUGCGUAUACCACUAACUACAACUUCAACAUUACAUAGUUCCUCCACCAUUACAAGCCUAUCUACAGGUACAUCAACAGCAAUUUCUACUGGUACGGCUUUGCCAUCAAUUUCACCUGGCAUGACUACACCACAGACAAAAACAACUACAGUCCAGAAUUCCUCCAACACUACAAGCAUGAUAACACGAUCUUUAACUACAACAGCUACAAGGAUGUCAUCAACAAGUGUGCGUAUACCACUAACUGCAGCAUCUUCAGGGUAUAGUUCAUCCACCAUUUCAAGCAUGUCUACAGGUCCAGCAAUAACAAUUUCUACAGCUACACCAUCGACUACAACAUCAACAAGCUUUAUUUCCUUCACAAGUAAAGGCAUAUGGUCAACUACAGCUACAACUUCAACAAAGUUUUCUGCUACACCUUCAAUUUCUUCAACAAGCAGGUUUACACAACUAGUUACAAGCCCAAGAGUCCAGAGUUCUCCCACUGGUAAAGUAUAUUCACAACUCCAACAAAAAUCUCUACAGGUACACCUUCACCAUCUUUUUCACCUGGCAUCUCCUACAAUGAAACAAGUAUAUCUCCAUCUUCAGUCACAAUAACAUCUUCUACAACUCAUUCAAUAACUUUUCCAACUUUCACAACACUAAAAACAACCACCUAUGUCCUACACCUUUAUGCAUUUGCCAUUGGUCAGACUGGAAUGACUUCGGUAGCCCAACAACAGGUGUUAAAGGUGGUGAAAUAAUACCUAUCUCUACCUUUUCUACAAACUGCUCAGCGCCAAAAGAAGUGGAAUGUCGUGCUAAACUAUACCCUGGUGUCCUCUUUCACAACUUGGACAGGUUGUAGAAUGUAAUGUAAAACAUGGACUGGUCUGCUCGAACAAAAACCAAGGCCACGCACAGCAAUGCUUUGACUAUGAAAUCAGAGUAUUCUGUUGUGACAGAAACUGUGGCAAUUUCUCAACAAAAUCACCGAUUCCAACUGCUUCUAGAAUGUCAUCAACAAGCUUGCCUAAACGAUCAACUACAAUGCCAAUGGUCCAAAGUUCCUCCACUGGUUCAAGCAUAUCUAACAUAACAAUAACAUCUGCUGCAAGUUCUUCAACAAUUUCUUCAACAACUUCCACAACACCAAAAUCAAUGACCCUUUCUCCUACCCCUGGCUGUAUUUGUAACUGGUCAGAAUGGAUUAAUUUUGGUGGCCCAACAACAGGACCUGAUGGAGGUGAAAUAGUACCUAUUAAAAAAAUAACUGAAACUUAUCAUAUCAUCUGCUCAGCACCAAAGGAUGUGGAAUGCCGUGCAAAACAUUACCCUGGAGUUCCUCUUUCACAGCUCGGACAGGUUGUGAAAUGCAAUGUGAAAGAUGGGCUGAUUUGCUUGAAUAAAAACCAAAGCCUUGAACAGCAGUGCUUUGACUAUGAAAUUAGAGUAUUCUGUUGUGUUGGAAAAAAUAGCAGCAACACAACACACUGUCCAACCACCACUAUGGUUUCAGCAGCUACCAUGUCUGUAUCACCAAAUACAAAACAAACAAUUGAAAGUUUCUUCGCAAGUACAAACACAUCCAAAAUUUCAACACCAGUUUCGUCACCUAUCAUGCCUGCCCUACCGUCUACAACACCAACACUCCAAAGUUUCUCCAGUGGUACUAGCCUAUACACAACUCCAGUAACUUCAUUAUCUCUGUCAACUGCUUCAACAACGUCUCCACUGUCCAAAACAGCCACACAUACUCCUAACCCUACCUGCAUUUGUCUUUGGUCAGAAUGGUUGGACUUUGGGGGUCCAACAACAGGUCCUGAAGGUGGUGAAAGGAUAUCAAUCAAAAGAAUUUUGGACAAUUAUCCUACAGUCUGCUCUGCACCAAAGGAAGUUGAAUGUCGUGCAAAAAAAUAUCCCAGAUUGUCUCUUUCCCAACUUGACCAGGUUGUGAAAUGUAAUGCCAAAGAUGGGCUUGUGUGCUUGAACAAAUACCAAGACAUUACACAUCAGUGUUUUGACUAUGAAAUCAGAGUAUCCUGCUGUGAUGGAAAUUGUGGCAGUACCACAGCACUGACCCCAAAAAUCCCUUUGUUUACUCCUACCAUUGGAUGUAUUUGCCAGUGGUCAGACUGGAUGGACUUCGGUAGCCCGACGACAGGUCCUGAAGGUGGUAAAAUGAUUUCCAUCAAAAGAAUAACUGGCACCUAUCCUUCCAACUGCUCAGCACCAACAGAAUUAGAAUGCCGUGCAAAACUUUACCCUGAACUUUCUCUUUCACAGCUUGGCCAGGUUGUGAUAUGUAAUGCAAAAGAUGGACUUAUGUGUUUUAACAAAAAUCAAGAUAUUACCCAGCAAUGCUUUGACUAUGAAAUCAGAGUAUUAUGCUGUCAUGGACAAUGUAGCAGCUCCACACAGGCAGCAGCCUCUACCAGGUUUUCACUUUCAAGAACAAGCACACCAGCAACAGCUUCUUCAGGUACAACUUCUAUACAACAGAUAUUACCUUUCAUUACAUCAAAACCGGUUACUUCUACCCCUGAAUGUAUUUGUCAAUGGUCAGAAUCGUUGGACUUUGGUGGCCCGACAGUAGGACCUGAAGGCGGUAAAAAAAUAACAAUCAAAAAAAUAACAGAUACGUAUCCUUCCCUCUGUUCAGCCCCAAAGAAGGUGGAAUGCCAUGCAAAACAUUAUCCUCGACUUUCUCUUUUACAGCUUGGACAGGAUGUUAUUUGUAAUGAAAAAGAUGGGCUACUGUGUUUGAACAAAUAUCAAGAUAACACACAGCAAUGCUUUGAUUAUAAUAUCCGAGUAUUAUGCUGUCAUGGAAAAUGUGACAACUCCACACAGACACCAACAACUCCUUCUAGGUUGCCAAGUUCAACAACAGCCACAAUUUCAAGUACACCUUCAGCAACUUAUACACCUUCCAAGACAUCAAAACCAUCCCCACUUAUUCCCACCCCUCCAUGCAUUUGUCAGUGGUCAAAAUGGUUGGAUUUUGGUAGACCAACAAAAGGUCCAGAAGGUGGUAAACAUUUACCAGUCAAAAUCAUCACUGACACCUAUCCAACCUCCUGCUCAAUACCACAGGCAAUUGAAUGCCGUGCGAAACUUUAUCCCCGACUUCCUGUAUCACAGCUUGGUCAGGUAGUGAAGUGUAAUCUUAAAGAUGGACUUGUUUGCCUAAAUAAAAAACAAAAUAUUUCCCAGCAGUGCUUUGACUAUGAGAUGAGAUUGCUGUGUUGUCAUCGGGAUUGUGUUAGUGCAACUUUACCAGCAGCAUUGACUCUAGCUUUAUACAAUUCCUCCACAAGUGUAAGCACAACCACUGUACCCCCAACAAGAGCUAUGAAUACAACCAUUUCAAAAACAUCUCCUUCUAAAUGUAUUUGCCAGUGGUCAGACUGGAUGGACUUUGGCAGCCCAACAACAGGGCCUGAAGGUGGUGAAAUUAUACCUAUAAACGCAAUAACGAAUGCAUAUCUUAAUAUUAGCUCUGCUCCAACUGAGGUUGAAUGCCAUGCAAAACUCUACCCUGGACUGCUUCUUUCACAGCUGGGCCAGGUAGUAACAUGCAAUUCUGAAGAUGGACUAGUUUGUUUAAACAAGAACCAAGGUGUUACGCAACAAUGUUUUGAUUAUGAGAUUAAAAUAUUGCAUUGUCAUGGAUUGUGUGGAAUAUCAUCCAAAAUUACACAAACGAAUCAGUAUUUUUCAAACAUCACAAUUAUCACCACAAGAAGUUUGCCAAUUAUUACAGGUUCAACAGGAGGUCACAUCACUGCAAAUCAAGACUGUGUCUGUGAAAUGAAUGGCAAUACGUUUAAGCCAGAAUCAGAAAUGUACAAUAAAACUGAUGGUGAUGGAUGGUGUUACAUUGCAAAAUGUGUCAAAACAAAAGAUAAGAAGUGUAAUGUGAUAAAAUUAUCUGUACCCUGUUUAACACCAGUGUUGCCAUUGACAGGCAACUGUGAUAAACAUAUGCCUCCCCUUAAAAAUGGUGAAUCUAUUCAUAUGGGAAAUUGCUCUAUAGGCACAUGCAUAAAUGGUACAAUGGAGCGUAAAGCAGUACACUGUGAUCCUGUGCAGUAUCCUGUGUGCAAGAACAAAUUUCCACCACUGAAAGUUGCUGACGAGUCUGGAUGUUGUUUUAAAUAUGAGUGCCAAUGUAUCUGCAAUGGCUUUCACCACCUACAUUACAUUACAUUUGAUGGAAUAUAUUACCCUUUUCAAGGAAACCUUACUAAUGUGCUUGUGAAAGAAAUUGAUCCGAAGUUUAAUUUCAGUGUUGUGGUCGAUAAUGUCUUGUGUGAUUCUGAAGAUGCCUCAAGUCCCUGCCCCAAGUCCCUGACGGUUCGCUACAAAUAUUUUGAGAUCUUCAUGUCUCUGAGGAUUUCUGGUGGAACUGUAAUGAAUUUGAUUUAUGUGAAUCAAAAGAAAGUCAAGUUGCCAUUUGAAAAUAAAGAGUUCCGUGCCACAGAGAAUGGCACAGCGUCUCUUGUGGUCAUAUCUGAGAUUGAUGCACACAUCUCUUUUACUGGCACAAUGUUCUCCAUUCAUCUCCCAUGGCAAAAGUUCCAUGGUAACACAGAGGGCCAGUGUGGUGUGUGCGAUAAUAACCAAAGGAAUGAUUGUCGCUUGCCAAAUGGCACCAUUAUAUCAUCUUGCCAAGACAUGGCUCCAUAUUGGCAUGUGCAUAAUAAAAACAACAAUAACAACAACGUUCUGUCACCAAGACCUGAGUCCAUAUCAAAACCAUGCCCUUCUUCUGCAAUAUGCAAAAUAAUGGAACGCAAGCUUUUUGAGAAAUGCCAUAAGUUCGUCCCUUUUGAGCCCUACAUGUCAGCCUGUAACUCUGAUGUGUGUAAAAUGAACAACAAAGCCGUUGGCUGUGCCAGACUGCAGGCCUAUGCCAGGGAAUGCGCUAUGGCAGGAGUAUGUGUAGACUGGAGAGGUUUAACAAAUGGAGUGUGUGAUUUUAAAUGCGAUAAACCACAAACAUAUAAAGCUUGUGGUCCUCAAGUGGAAUCAACCUGUGAUGGAAGAUUUAAUCUAAAUUAUUUACAUGGCAAUAAUGCAUUCAGAAAUCAGGAAUCAAUGCUAUGGGAGGGAUGUUACUGCCCAAGUGGUACUACACGUGUGCGACCUAAUUCUAAUGUCUGUGUUGCAAGCUGUAAGCAAGCUGCACUGAAAGAUGAAAUCCUGGGCUCUCAGAAACGAGGGGCAGUGGCAGAGAUUUCAGAAACACACCAGAACAAGAACCAGCACUAUUUCAGUGGAAAGGGAUGACAGGGAUUACACCGAAUGUUACUUUAAAUAUUAAAUGUUUAUUUCUAAAAUGUUUGUUUAAUGAAUUUAAAUGUAUUUAAUCAAUAAAAACUAU